CACAGUCCCCGCGCGCUGCUCGGAGCCGGAGGGAGCGCAGCUAGCGGGCGAGCGAGCGAGCGCUGGGAGCCGGGUUCAGCAGAGGGGGCGCCCGGCCGCUGCCUGCGCUCCGGCCGGUCGUCUCCACGGAGCUCGGGGGCCGAAGGGGAGCAAGAGGCAAACGAAGAGUCCACGAGCGGAGCCGGGAGAGCCCGCGGCGGAGGCGCCAGUCCCACUCCGCCGCCUCCUGUGCAAGCCGGAGAGCGAUCGCUCACCGCCCCGCCGGCCCAGAGCCCGUCACCCCGGUCCCCGCUGCCCCAGGGAUGGUCUAAGAGCCCGAGAGGGGCUCGCUGCUCUGCUCCGCUCCCGGGCUCUCCGCCUCCUACCGACCGCUCCCGGCUGCGCGCCCGGCCGGCCCAGGCCGGAGAAGUUAGUUGUGCGCGCCGCUUAGCGCGCGAGCCAGCGGCCGGGCGAAAGCAGCGAAGCGCCGGGACCAUGGACUGGGGCUGGGGGAGCCGCUGCUGCCGCCCGGGACUGCGGGACCUGCUCUGCGUGCUGGCACUGCUCGCCGGUUGUCUGCUCCCAGUGUGCCGGACGCGCGUCUACACCAACCACUGGGCAGUGAAGAUCGCCGGCGGCUUCGCGGAGGCAGAUCGCAUAGCCAGCAAGUACGGAUUCAUCAACGUAGGACAGAUUGGUGCGCUGAAGGACUACUAUCACUUCUACCAUAGUAGGACCAUUAAAAGGUCUGUUCUCUCAAGCAGAGGAACCCACAGUUUCAUUUCAAUGGAACCAAAGGUGGAGUGGAUCCAACAACAAGUGGUGAAAAAACGAACCAAGAGGGAUUAUGACCUCAACCGUGCCCAGUCAACCUACUUCAAUGAUCCCAAGUGGCCAAGUAUGUGGUACAUGCACUGCAGCGACAACACACAUCCUUGCCAGUCAGACAUGAAUAUCGAAGGAGCCUGGAAGAGAGGCUACACGGGGAAGAACAUCGUGGUGACUAUCCUGGAUGAUGGCAUCGAGAGAACCCACCCCGAUCUGAUGCAAAACUAUGAUGCUCUGGCAAGUUGCGAUGUGAAUGGGAAUGACUUGGACCCGAUGCCUCGUUAUGAUGCAAGCAAUGAGAACAAGCAUGGGACCCGCUGUGCCGGAGAAGUGGCAGCCACUGCAAACAACUCUCACUGCACCGUUGGAAUCGCUUUCAACGCCAAGAUUGGAGGUGUGAGAAUGCUGGAUGGUGAUGUCACCGACAUGGUGGAGGCAAAGUCUGUCAGCUACAACCCACAGCAUGUGCACAUCUACAGUGCCAGCUGGGGCCCAGAUGAUGAUGGCAAGACUGUGGAUGGGCCAGCUCCCCUCACCCGGCAAGCCUUUGAAAACGGUGUGAGAAUGGGGCGGAGAGGCCUUGGCUCUGUGUUUGUGUGGGCAUCUGGCAAUGGUGGACGGAGCAAGGACCACUGUUCUUGUGAUGGUUAUACCAACAGCAUCUAUACCAUCUCCAUCAGCAGUACAGCCGAAAGUGGAAAGAAACCUUGGUACUUGGAAGAGUGUUCAUCUACACUGGCCACAACCUACAGCAGUGGAGAAUCCUAUGAUAAAAAAAUAAUCACUACUGAUCUAAGGCAGCGAUGCACAGACAAUCACACUGGAACAUCAGCCUCAGCCCCCAUGGCUGCUGGCAUCAUUGCUCUGGCCCUGGAAGCCAAUCCGUUUCUGACCUGGAGAGACGUACAGCAUGUUAUUGUCAGGACUUCCCGUGCGGGACAUUUGAACGCUAAUGACUGGAAAACCAAUGCUGCUGGUUUUAAGGUGAGCCAUCUCUAUGGAUUUGGACUGAUGGAUGCGGAAGCCAUGGUGAUGGAGGCAGAGAAGUGGACAACUGUUCCUCAGCAGCACGUGUGUGUGGAGAGCACAGACCGACAAAUCAAGACCAUUCGCCCGAACAGUGCAGUGCGCUCCAUCUACAAAGCCUCAGGCUGCUCGGAUAAUCCGAACCAUCACGUCAAUUACCUGGAGCAUGUAGUUGUGCGUAUUACCAUCACACACCCACGGAGGGGAGACCUGGCCAUCUACCUGACCUCACCCUCAGGAACCAGAUCCCAGCUUUUGGCCAACAGGCUAUUUGAUCAUUCCAUGGAAGGGUUUAAGAACUGGGAGUUCAUGACCAUUCAUUGCUGGGGAGAACGGGCUGCUGGGGACUGGGUCCUUGAAGUUUAUGACACUCCAUCUCAGCUGAGGAACUUCAAGACUCCAGGUAAAUUGAAAGAAUGGUCCUUAGUUCUCUAUGGCACAUCUGUGCAGCCAUACUCUCCAACCAAUGAGUUUCCCAAAGUGGACCGCUUCCGCUACAGCCGAGUGGAAGACCCCACAGAUGACUAUGGUGCCGAAGAUUACGCAGGUCCUUGUGACCCUGAAUGCAGUGAGGUUGGAUGUGACGGGCCAGGACCAGAUCACUGCAGUGACUGCUUACAUUACUACUACAAGUUGAAAAAUAACACCAGAAUCUGUGUCUCCAGCUGCCCUCCUGGCCACUUCCAUGCUGACAAGAAGAGGUGCCGGAAGUGCGCCCCCAACUGCGAGUCCUGCUUCGGCACCCAUGGUGAUCAAUGCCUGUCCUGUAAAUAUGGAUACUUCCUGAAUGAAGAAACUAGCAGCUGUGUUACUCAGUGCCCUGAUGGGUCAUACCAGGAUAUCAAGAAAAAUGUUUGUGGGAAAUGCAGCGAGAACUGUAAGGCAUGCACUGGAUUCCACAACUGCACAGAGUGCAAGGACGGGUUAAGCCUUCAGGGAUCCCGCUGUUCUGUCACCUGCGAGGAUGGACAGUUCUUCAAUGGUCACGAUUGCCAGCCCUGCCAUCGCUUCUGUGCUACCUGCGCUGGGGCUGGAGCAGAUGGAUGUAUUAACUGCACUGAGGGGUAUGUCAUGGAAGAGGGAAGAUGUGUACAGAGCUGUAGUGUGAGCUACUACUUGGACCACUCUUCAGAGGGUGGAUAUAAAUCCUGCAAGAGAUGUGAUAACAGCUGUUUGACAUGCAAUGGCCCAGGAUUCAAGAACUGUUCCAGCUGCCCCAGUGGGUAUCUUUUAGACUUAGGAAUGUGUCAGAUGGGAGCCAUCUGCAAGGAUGGAGAAUAUAUUGAUGAGCAAGGCCACUGCCAAACCUGUGAAGCCUCAUGUGCCAAGUGCUGGGGACCAACUCAGGAAGACUGUAUCAGCUGCCCCAUAACAAGGGUCUUCGAUAAUGGUCGCUGUGUUAUGAACUGUCCCUCAUGGAAGUUUGAAUUUAAGAAGGAAUGCCAUCCGUGCCACCACACUUGCCAAGGAUGCCAAGGAAGUGGGCCUUCCAACUGCACCUCCUGUAGAGCAGACAAGCAUGGUCAGCAGCGCUUCCUGUACCAAGGGGAGUGUCUGGAGAACUGCCCUGUGGGCCAUUAUCCUGCCAAGGGACAUGCCUGCCUACCCUGCCCAAACAACUGUGAGCUUUGCUACAACCCACAUGUCUGCAGUAGAUGUAUGAGUGGCUACGUCAUCAUGUCCACAAACCACACCUGCCAGAAGCUGGAGUGCGGACAAGGUGAAUUCCAGGAUUCGGAGUAUGAAGAAUGCAUGCCUUGUGAGGAAGGAUGUCUGGGUUGCACUGUGGAUGAUCCAGGAACCUGUACGUCGUGUGCUACAGGAUAUUACAUGUUUGAGCAGCACUGCUAUAAAGCCUGCCCUGAGAAGACCUUUGGUGAGAAGUGGGAAUGCAGAGCCUGUGGCACUAACUGUGGCAGCUGCGACCGACAUGAGUGCUACUGGUGUGAGGAGGGCUUCUUUCUCUUGGGUGGCAGCUGUGUGCAGGAUUGUGGCCCUGGCUUCUAUGGAGACCAAGAGUUGGGAGAAUGCAAGUCCUGCCACCGAGCUUGUGAGACCUGUACCGGCUUGGGCUACAACCAAUGCAGCAGCUGUCAAGAAGGGUUGCAGCUGUGGCAUGGGUCGUGUAUCUGGCCCACCGGACCCCAGGUGGAAGGCAAGGUCUGGAAUGAAGCCGUGCCCACUGAAAAGCCAUCUUUGGUGAGGAGUCUGCUGCAGGAUCGGCGAAAGUGGAAAGUUCAAAUCAAAAGAGAUGCAACGAGGCAGUAUCAACCUUGUCAUUCUUCUUGUAAAACCUGCAAUGGAUCUCUGUGCGCUUCAUGUCCAACAGGUACCUACCUGUGGCUGCAGGCCUGUGUUCCUUCCUGUCCUCAAGGCACUUGGCUGUCAGUCACCAGUGGCAUCUGUGAAAAGUGUGCGGAGGACUGUGCCUCCUGCUCUGGAGCCGACCUUUGCCAACAGUGCCUAAGUCAGCCGGACAACACUCUGCUACUCCAUGAGGGCAGGUGCUACCACAGUUGCCCAGAGGGCUUUUACGCAAAAGAUGGUGUUUGUGAACACUGUAUCUCCCCUUGCAAAACAUGUGAAGGAAAUGCCACCAGCUGUCACUCCUGUGAAGGAGACUUCGUCCUAGACCAUGGGGUGUGCUGGGAAACUUGCCCUGAAAAGCAUGUGGCCAUGGAAGGAGUCUGCAAGCACUGUCCAGAGAGGUGCCAGGACUGCAUCCAUGAGAAAACUUGCAAAGAGUGCAUGCCUGACUUCUUUCUAUACAAUGAUAUGUGCCAUGAUUCCUGUCCCAAGAACUUCUAUCCUGACAUGGGCCAGUGUGUCCCCUGCCAUAAAAAUUGUCUGGAGUGCAAUGGUCCCAAGGAGGAUGACUGUAAGGUCUGUGCUGACACUUCCAAGGUUCUCCACAAUGGACUGUGUUUGGAUGAGUGCCCUGAGGGAACCUACAAAGAAGAAGAGAAUGAUGAAUGCCGAGAUUGCCCCGAGUCCUGCCUGAUCUGCUCAUCUGCUUGGACCUGCCUGACCUGUCAGGAAGGCUUCACAGUAGUGCAUGACACCUGCAUGGCACCCAAGGAGUGUGCAGCCGUUGAAUACUGGGAUGAGGGUUCCCACAGGUGUCAGCCGUGUCACAGAAAGUGCUCCCGCUGCUCAGGGCCUUCUGAGGACCAGUGCUAUGCCUGCCCUGGAGAGACUCUUCUUCUCAACACGACCUGUGUGAAAAAGUGCCCAGAGGGCUACCACACUGACAAGGACAGCCAGCAGUGUGUGCUCUGCCACAGCUCUUGCAGGACCUGCGAAGGACCACACAGCAUGCAGUGCCUCUCCUGCCGACCUGGCUGGUUUCAACUGGGCAAGGAGUGCUUGCUGCAAUGCAGGGAUGGAUAUUACGGAGAAAGCACCAGUGGUCGGUGUGAGAAGUGUGACAAGAGCUGUAAGUCAUGCCGGGGUCCACGGCCCACAGACUGCCAGUCUUGCGAUACGUUUUUCUUUCUCCUGCGCUCCAAGGGGCAGUGUCACCGUGCCUGCCCUGAGCACUACUAUGCAGACCAACACACACAGACCUGUGAGAGAUGCCAUCCGACUUGUGACAAGUGCAGCGGAAAGGAGGCAUGGAACUGCUUGUCCUGUGUGUGGAGCUACCACCUUCUGAAAGGAAUUUGCAUCCCAGAAUGUAUUGUAGGGGAAUACAGAGAUGGGAAGGGAGAAAAUUUUAACUGUAAAAAAUGCCAUGAGAGCUGCAUGGAAUGCAAGGGUCCCGGCAGCAAGAACUGCACUGGGUGCUCCGCUGGCCUGCUGCUGCACAUGGAUGACAGCCGCUGUCUCCACUGCUGCAAUGCUUCCCAUUCCCACAGAUCCCAGGACUGUUGUGACUGCCAGAGUUCCACAGAGGAGUGCAUCCUUCCAGCCAUCGAGGCUGAGUUCUAUGAGCACACGAAGACUGCUCUGCUGGUGACCUCAGGCGCCAUGCUGCUGCUGCUGCUGGGGGCUGCUGUGGUCGUGUGGCGCAAGUCCCGAAGCCGACCUGUGGCAAAGGGACGCUACGAAAAGCUGGCAGAACCCACCGUGUCAUACUCCUCCUACAGGAGCAGCUAUCUUGACGAGGACCAGGUGAUUGAGUACAGGGACCGGGACUACGAUGAAGAUGAUGAGGACGACAUCGUCUAUAUGGGCCAAGAUGGCACUGUCUACCGGAAGUUCAAGUACGGGCUGCUGGAUGAGACAGAAGAUGAUGAGUUGGAGUACGAUGAUGAGAGCUACUCUUACCAAUAAACAGAGCCUUCCUCCCACCUCAAACCUCUGCACACACAGACACACACACACCCGCCCACCACCCCCAGCCUCCCAUCCCUUCCUGGUCCCCAGAGCUCUCAACCCUGCUGGGAGCUACCAAUACAUAGGCUGAGGUCCAUGUGUUUGUUUUGUCCUUAUUUUACAUGCAACCUGAAUAUGUAGGGAUGCUGGAGUCUGCUGUGCUGCUUUUGAUUAGCUGAGUGCAAUGACCAUAUCCUGCAAGAGGAGAAUUCGAAGACAACCCCACCUCCCCCACCCCCCAGGGUAUGUAAAGACAUUAAAUGCAGGAGGCAAAAAGAAAUGAGAUCUGUUGAACAUUCUAACGUGAUUUUUAAAGUGGCUGGAGAAGACCUAUAAGGAUUCUGCUUUCAAACUGUGCUUGGAGACCCACCCCCACCCCCACCCCUGCUACCUUCUGGAAUUCUGAUAUUUUAAAUAGAGAGGAGAUGGAGUACCCCGAAGAGUUGUUGGAGCUGGGGUGGGGAGGUCUCUCCCCUUUCAAUUGUG